AUGGAGGAUAGAAAGCGGCCUGCCAUCAGCAGCGCUGAUGAAAUAGCCCCUCCGAGUAAGAGAGUUGCUGUCAAUGGCUCCAAGGCCAAGGACGACCCCCUUGACAUGAAGGAGGAAAGCUGGGUUGAGGCCUAUACAAAGGGCGCCAUCUAUCGUCAGAUGCAAGAGUACAGUCGCAAGGCCUCAACAUACGAGUCACGCCUCGAAGAGCUUCAUAAACGAUCCGUCCAUCAUGAUGACCACCUGAGGAUAAUUGAUGCUUGGUGGCGACAGGUACUUGACGAGAUGGAGCUUCUUCUCGCAGAUUCGGGUGUCACUUCGCAAACGCCCUCAGAACCCCCAUAUCUGAGUAGCGUCAGUUUUAAGGACCUCCACGACUUCCAGAAACAUCUAUCCGAAAAGGGCAAAGGGAUCAAAUUGAGAGCUGAAGCGAUUCUUGCACGCUUGGCUUCUUCACGAGGCAGCAUUAAACCCGAUGCUGCCAAGUUAGAGAGCAAGGUUGCUGGCUUGCUGGCCGCCCAGAAGGAAUACUUCGCCAAAUUGGAUCGACUCAAGACCGAGAAGGAUCAACUUUCAGAACAGCUCAACGCUGCGACCUUGCGUUACUUCAAAGCAGAGAAGAAACUGGACCGCGCAAAGAGUUCUCAGGUCCAGAAGAUGGAACAACAAGCCUUCGCUAAUGCCACUCGACCUUCUGCCUCUGGAGAUGUUAAUACCGAUUCUGGCGAGACGAAUGGGAACUCAGGCGAGCUACUGCUUAAGUAUGAGGAGGCGACUGCGGCUGCUACUAAGCAAAAGGAACAGCUAGAUGUUUUUCUGGCCGAGAUCAAGGCACUGCAGGACGAAAAUUCGACUCUCAAGGCGAAGAGAGAUACCCUAACCGACGAAGAUUUCAUUCGAACCGAUGUCUUUAAACAGUUCAAGAACCAGAACGAGGAUCUUAUCAAACGUAUCAACACACUCGAGGCCACAAACAAGCAACUGCGAGAAGAGGCCGAGAGGCUACAAGCAGAGCGAACGGCUUUCAGGACUAUGCUUGAAGCAGAUGCGAAUCAAGUGACUCAGGAGCUCGAGUCCGAGAUCAUAUUACGGGAUCAGGAUCUUGCCCGAGUGCGUUCAGCCCGAGACGAGCUGCUGGCGGAGACGACACAACACAAGGCGAGGUUGGAUCAAGAACGAGCAUCGGUUGAGCAGGUGAAGGCGCUAGCAUCUGCUAAGGAGGACAGAAUCACGGCACUCGAAUCACAGCUCUCACGGCUCCAGCAGAGCGAAACUCAGCAGGCGGUCAGCCCGGAUAUCGAGGCCCUAACAGUAGAGGAGCUUCGCUUGAAGUACACAAAGCUGCAACAGGAUUUCGACUCGAUCAACAUGGAGCUGCCUGCCAUUGAAAAGGCAUACAAGAAAAUGAAGGAACUCGCUCACAGGAAGGCAAUGGACUUCAGCGCUACAGAAGAGCGCAUGUCGAUCUUAAUUGCGGAGAAGAGCAAGGCCGACCAGAAAUACUUUGCUGCCCGAAAGGAUGCGGAUACGCGAAACAACGAGAUAAGAUCGUUGCGCCACCAGAACAGCAAGAGCUCAGAAAUCAUUGCUCAACUCAAGGAUCUUGAAUCACAAAACCGCGUGCUUCUAGGCAAUCUGGAGAAACAGUUGACCGAUCUGAAGCAAUCAAAUGCUUCUCUGAUGACAGAGAACAAGAAGAUGGAAGUAACAAGUCUUGACGCUGUCCGCCGUACCGAGUCGCUCAACAAGCAAGUUUCUGAUCUAUCCAACUUGGUCAAGUCUAAAGACGCCGCAUCCGCUGUGGUUCGCGAGCGCAAUGUUAUGCAAGAAACUGAGGUCGAAAAGAUGAAGGUGCGACUUGAGCAUGCACAGAAGGAUCGCGACAACUGGAAGAACAAGGCCCUGAGUAAUUCUUCCGAGGAAGAGGAAAUGCUUCGAACAUUCGCUCUAUGCACUAUUUGCCGCAACAACUUCAAGAAUACGGCCCUCAAGACAUGCGGCCACUUGUUCUGCAACCAAUGUGUCGACGAUCGCAUCAGCAAUCGCAUGCGCAAAUGUCCUACGUGUUCCCGCGCCUUUGAUAAGAUGGACGUUAUGCCCGUUCAUCAUUGAUCGCUUCAAAGGCUCUACGGAAAUUACUUAGCUUGCCACCUUUCUCCACGAUAUUUUCUGCGAUACCUCUUUCUUCACUAAUAGCUUCCGUCAAGCAUUGCUCAUCCGUUCUAUACCUUUUUUUCAGGCAUUAGAGACCCCGUCACUUGUACAUUUCGGCAGAUGGCGUUGGCUGCAUGAUCUGAAUAGCAAAUCUUGACGCUUUUCUUCUUCUCUGGGCUAGAUGGCUGGUUGCUCUUGGAAAAAUCGUCCGUGUACUUUUAACUUGCGCAGCGAGAUAUCCCAUACAAAUCGUUGCACGCAUGUAUAUACUCUUUGUAGUUGAUGGAGAUGGUUUGGGCCAUGGCUGAGAAACGUUGUAUGAAAUAGCAGGAUAAUGGAAAGCGUCGAUUAUGCUAUCAAUGACAAUUUCGUAAUCAAAUAUUCUGUGUUGUUCGCGGGUGGCAAUCUAUCUUCGGCUGGUUGAACCAAACCCAGUGCUCUCGUGACGGUUAGACUCGUUGGAUGAGGAUCCUGAGCGACCACCCCAUCCUCCACCCAUUCCUGACCCUCCUCGUCCGAAACUGCCAUAGCCAUCGUUGUGAUUAUUGUACCGAUUUUGGUUGCGGUUGCCAGCCAGAUAUCCUGCGGCGGCUCCUCCUGCUGCACCGCUCCAGAAACCAGGCCUCCAGGAGUUGCUAGAUUGAGAUGAGGGCUUGGUUCCGGGGUAUGGAGGGGGAGGAUCGUCGCCACCAGGACCCCAACCAGGACCCCAUCCACCAGAAGACCAACCGUCGCCACGACGUCGAGGUCGGUUGGAGUUGGUGCCAGCUUCCUGUGCUCUGUAGCAUGCCGAGUAGAUAAUCCAACCGAGCACACCAACGAAAAUUAUGGUGAAGAGUAGGGCUCCCCAGUCUGUGCCGCCGCGACCAUCGCUGAACCAGCCUCCGUUGGCGAUGUUGGGGUAACGACGCUCGCCCUUUCUCGUCAAGGCAACCCGGUACUCGACACCGCAGCUACCCUUGAGGACAUAAGGAUCAUCAGGAGAAUUGUAACCUUCGCAGAUAACAUCUGUGGUGGUGAGCUUGAGCUCCUCAGGAAGUGACGCAGUGCAGCUCCAUUGGACAUCCUCGUCGCCCCAACCUGCGCCAUCGUUGGUGCAGCGCAUCACAUCCAUGUCGUAGAUUUCACAAAGGGCCUUCUUGGAGACGCAGCGCAGCUGGGGAAUGGCACCGACGCGGCGAUGGUUCGUCAUGGCGCCAUUGCCACGGAGAGUGAGAGAUUUCACAUCGGAUAGCUUUAUAGCAUCCUUUGGGCGAGCAGCGAGCGUGAGAGCUGGGAGUGCGAAAAGACAGGCGAGUGAAAUGGGUAUCAUGAUGACGAGGCUACCCGUGUUGCGCUAUGGCGAUGUGCCAGUAUCGAUGUUGGUGUGAUGCUGAAAGUAAAGGCUGAUAAUAUGAGUUCAAGUUGAUGAUGGUCUUGGGUUGAAAUGAAGUGUGUAAGUAGAACGACAGACGGGACAGAAC